CCUCUUCUCCGAGCUGCGGUGUUUCGGAUUAACUGGUUUCACUGUCAACUAAUGACAGGCUGACGCAUCCGUGCUUGCGCCAGUGAAUACACAUGUUAAAAACCGAGCAGCAAUCCGUAGCUGUCGUGGAGGACUCCGUUCAUUUGCAUGUAAGAUAAAAUUUCGAACCGGUGUGAGACAUAUUUUGACAUCUGUUGUUACUAGCAACAGCUCCACGGGAAGUUGGUCACUAGGCAACUCGGAAGCAAGUUAAUCCAAAACACUGGGGCUAACGUGGCUAACAGCUAGCGACGGACGUACUGCAUUUCUCCCGCGUCCCUUUGAGAACUAAAACACGGAGACUGCGCCAUGUUCGGUUCGUCCCGGGCCGGAGGGGUCCGCGGGGGCCAGGACCAGUUCAACUGGGACGACGUGAAGGUGGACAAGCACCGAGAGAACUACCUGGGGAACUCUCUGAUGGCUCCAGUCGGACGGUGGCAGAAAGGCAAAGACCUGACGUGGUACGCCAAAGACAAAUCAGGCCGGAAAGCUCUGUCCAGGGAGGAGGAGCUGGCUGCGGUGAAAGCAGCAGAGGAAGAAGCUCUGAUGGCUGCUCUAGGACACAAGAGCAUCAAGAGGGCACCGACCGGCCUCACCAAAGAGGACAUGGUGGAGGUAUGUAGGAGGGAGGAAGCAGAUUCUGAGGACAGAAACGUGGACCGAGUGUCAGGCCUGGGAAGCUCCAGCUCUCGUAAAAUGCUGCUGUCGCCACAGGAGAAGGAGGCGGUGAAGAUGGGGCUGCCCGUGUUCACCCACCACAAAACCGAGAGCCGAGCUGAAGCCUCAGAAAGCCGAGCGUCCGAGAGCGUCUCUCAACACGAGCCACAACCCCGACAUGAGAGCAAAAAGAAGAAAAAGGAGAAAAAGAGCAAAAAGGAGAAAAAGAAGAAGAAAGAGAAGAAGAAGAAAAGACAAAGAGAUGACUCGUCGUCCUCUGAGUCUGACGACAACAGGAAAAGACACAGAAAAGACCCCCACCAUCAUCGCAGUCCGACCGGAGCCCGGCCGUCCCGCAGCCAUUCAGCAGAGCGGGGGUCCCACCACCGCCACCGGCAGCCCGACAGGGGCUCUCCGGACCGCCACAGGAGGCGCCACGACACCGACUCAGACUGAAGCCCCGGACGACCCCGAACGACCCCGAACGCAUCCAUGAACUCCUCCACUCAAUAAUCACUCACUCUGAUGCUGCUGUAGGUUUUUUUUUUU